AUGAUCGCUCUAGUUUCAGAAACUCUCAAAUCGUUACCAAAGAAAACCAGGUCCCGAGCAGGGUGCGUACGAUGUCGCCGCCGACGGCAAAAGUGUGACGAGAGUAAGCCCUCGUGCGAUAGAUGCGUCGAGGCUGGGAGCAUCUGCAAGUAUGAGGUUACGCUGAGUUGGGGCGGAAGAGCAUUCGCAAAAUCCACUUUCGGAAAGUGUCUUCACGAUAUCAAAAGAACAGACAACGCCUCGACAGGCAAUGGCUUUGUCUACAGCACGACCCAUGCCCAGUCGCCUAGGCGCGGGGCAUCGCGGAGGACCACAGCGACGCGGUCAAAUGCCAGCCAUGAAACAAGGCUACAGCACUCGACAGAAAGCCAUGUACCGGAAAACACUCCGGAUACACUAGAUCGACGUGUCACCACCACCAACGCCUCCUUGAUCAUGAAAAGCGAUUGCAUUCUGGAGGUUUCAUCAAGAGUUCACCCACAAGAUAAGCUGACCGGUCCCCUUCACCCCUUACAGGCGGCCAUUACACGACCGCAACAUCAGAUAUCCUUUCUUCCGCCCAUGGCUAAAUAUCUAUUCCAAUUUUACCUCUCCGAAACGAUGAGACUUACCGUCCCAAGCAGCUAUGCCAAAACAGAGAUCUGCCGAUUCCUCGUCCCGAUGUCGCUCCAAGAGCCUAGCUUACUCUACGCCGUGAUGGCGUUCGCCUCUGUUCAUCUCGAUGCCAUCGGUAUGCUGCCCGGAAAUUCGCAGCGACUUAUCGACAGUCUCCAUUGGGCCAGCAUCAACCAUCUUCGAAGAUUGUUGGAAGAUGCUGACACCACGUCACAAACUGUGGCGCUGGCUACCACGAGAACACUAUGCCAGGCUCAGAUUUAUGGUGGGACAUCAUUAUGGCGCAUUCAUCUUGAUGGUGCGCGUGCUAUCCUCCAGACGUCUCAAACAGGCAAACAAGUGAAGAGCAGGCCUCACAUUCCUGUGAACACGGGGUUCCUGGAUAGUUGGUUCCAUAAUGCGGAAGCACUAGCUUCCUUGAGCCCGGCCGGGCUGCUCGGCGGUCAGCUUCUUGUCCACGGCCAGACCGAUUCUGGAGCGUUUCUCGACAUCUAUGGUGGCGUCAUGUCUGAUCUUCCUGCAUUAUUCAAAGAGGUCGGAGCCCUCUUGGGAAAGAAGCACGUACGCACCGCUGAGCUCGAAAUUGAAACGGAGGAUCUCGUUCAUCAGAUCCACGCAAGGCUUUCUCGUGACAAAGCCGAGAAUAUGAUCAUCGCAUCAGAUCUGCUCUCGUUUCUCUCAGCAAAUGAUAUCCAAAACUACGCACUCAGCAACGCUGGGUUUCUCUAUAUGGCACUCUUACACCUAUACUGUAGCAUGGGGUCUUUGUCCCCUUUCGCUACCGAAGUCCGCUUCUGCGUUACUCAAAUCAUUCAGUGUGCUCAUAAAAUGUCUCACACUAGAGCUAUUGGAAAGAGUUUGGCUUCAACACCCCGAUGA